AUGGAAGUUGCUACUAGUAGAAGACCCAUCGAGAUGCCACACCAGUCACCAGGCUUCUUUAAAAGACGAACUUUCAACCAGAUGAAGAAGCGAUCGCACUCUGCCGACACAGAUGAUUCGUUCUCAUCGCACACACUUGAGACUAGACUUUCAAACUCCAGCAGUUCGCAUGAUCGAAGUGCAACCGAGUGCCUCAUCGAGUUGAGGGAUUAUUUCAGCAGUCCAUCUUCGCCUUCCGUUUCGGAUGCCGAAAUCUUUCGAUUUGCUUGCUACCAUAACUUCCAAUACAGCGAAGCACUCACGGAUAUACUCCAGAAGCAUGACUCGCGACACAUGAACCUACGCAUGUCAGGCUUUCUGAUGAAACAACUGCAGACCAAGACUCUCUUUCCACUUCCCGGCCUCAAGACCAAAAACAAGAAGUGUGAUGUAUUCUAUAUGCGGCCGAGUCGCUAUGUACCAUCACAGAUGAAGACCACGAUGGUAAUUGACAAUCUGUGCUACGUUCUGAAUGAUCUUAGUCAAACGAAGGAUCAGUGUCAGAACGGAGUCGCGUUCAUUGCCAACAUGAAUGAUUGGACCAUGAAGAACUUUUCGCAUGAUUAUUGCUUUCAAUUUAUGCAAGCCUUGCAAGGGAAGAUGGUCCCAACCAAGGUGGAACUCUUUCUCAUUGUCAAUCCACCUUCGUGGUUCGGCCGUGUCUGGAAGGUCAUGAAGUCCAUGCUAUCCAAGUCCUUUGCGAAGAAAGUCCACAUGAUCAAAGAAGAUCGACUUGGAGAAUUUCUUAUGGAUGGGUACGACCAGUACGUACCAGACGAAUUCAGUGCUGGUUGGAAAAUAACCGAAGAGAUCACUGAUGACUACAUCGACUUUAGGCAGUAUGAAGAUAGCCAGAAGGAUACUGGCUUGAGGCUCAUACAUCCUAGAGGAUAA